AGUUGGCACCGGGGGCGCUGGCACGUCGGCUGCUCCGCUCUCCCGCCGGCAGCCUCGGGCGCCCAGAGCCAACAGUCCAGGCGGCGGCCCGGCUCGGGGGACCUGGAGCGCGAGGGAGGGAGGCGAUGAGGCGGGGGGAGGCGGCAGAGGCCGACUGGCCGGCGUUUGGGCAGCCCCUGGAGCGCCCCAGCCUCUCCCGCAGCCCGGAGCACGGAGCUCGGGUUCCUGCCCGGCCCGCGUCCCUGCGCGGCCACAUGGCUCCGCUCCGCGCGCUGCUGUCUUGCUUGCUCCCCCUGCACUGUGCGCUCUGCGACGCCGCGGGCAGCCCGACCCCAGCAGAAAUACACUUCUCCAGAAAGUUCAGUGACUAUGGUGUGACAGUGCCGUGCAGCACAGACUUUCAGGGACACUUCCUGUCCCAUGUGGUAUCUGGCCCAGCAGCAGCCUCUGCAGGGGGUGUGGCAGUGGACAGGCCACCUGCAUCACCAUCACACUCUGGUCAUCUCCGGGUGGCUCGCAGUCCCCUUCACCCGGAAGGAGUGACCCCGCAGCCUGGCAGGGUGGGGCGCUAUACCCUCUACUUCAAUGUUACUGUUUUUGGGGAGGAGCUGCACUUGCGCCUGCAGCCCAACCAGCGGCUGGUGGUACCUGGAGCAUCAGUGGAGUGGCAGGAGGACUUUCGGGAACUCUUCCGACAGCCCUUGCAGCGAGAGUGUGUCUUCACUGGGGGUGUCACAGGCAUGCCAGGGGCAGCUGUCGCCAUCAGCAACUGUGAUGGAUUGGCGGGCCUCAUUCGUACAGACAGCACUGACUACUUCAUUGAGCCCUUGGAGUGGGGGCAGCAGGAGAAGGAGGCCAGCGGGAGAACACACGUGGUGUACCGCCGGGAAGUCCAGCAGGAGUGGACGGAGCCUGCUGGGGACCUUCACAAUGAAGCCUUUGGUUUGGGUGACCUUCCCAACCUACUGGGCCUGGUGGGGGACCAGCUGGGCGAAGUGGAGCGGAAGCGGCGACAUGCCAAGCCAGGCAGCUACAGCAUCGAGGUGCUGCUGGCGGUGGACGACUCGGUGGUACGCUUCCACGGCAAGGAGCACGUGCAGAACUACGUCCUCACCCUUAUGAACAUUGUGAAUGAGAUUUACCAUGACGAGUCCCUGGGAGCCCACAUAAACAUUGCCCUUGUCCGCUUGAUUAUGGUCGGCUACCGACAGUCCCUGAGCCUGAUUGAACGUGGGAACCCCUCUCGCAGCCUGGAGCAGGUGUGUCGCUGGGCGCACACUCAGCAGCGCCAGGACCCCGGCCAUGCAGAGCACCACGACCACGUUGUCUUCCUCACCCGGCAGGACUUUGGGCCCUCAGGUAUGCAAGGGUACGCACCUGUCACUGGCAUGUGCCAUCCCCUGAGAAGCUGUGCCCUCAACCAUGAAGAUGGCUUCUCCUCAGCCUUUGUAGUGGCCCAUGAGACGGGUCAUGUGCUCGGCAUGGAGCAUGACGGUCAGGGGAACGGCUGUGCAGAUGAGACCAGCCUGGGCAGCGUCAUGGCGCCUCUGGUGCAGGCUGCCUUCCACCGCUUCCACUGGUCCCGCUGCAGCAAGUUGGAACUCAGCCGCUACCUCCCCUCCUACAACUGCCUCCUUGACGACCCCUUUGCGCCUUCCUGGCCCCAGCCCCCAGAGCUGCCUGGCAUCGACUACUCAAUGGACGAGCAGUGCCGCUUUGACUUUGGCACUGGGUACCACACCUGCUCCACGUUCACGACCUUUGAACCCUGCAAGCAGCUGUGGUGCAGCCACCCUGAUAACCCAUACUUCUGCAAGACCAAGAAGGGGCCCCCACUGGACGGGACUGAAUGUGCACCAGGAAAGUGGUGCUUCAAAGGUCACUGCAUCUGGAAGUCACCGGAGCAGACCUACGGUCAGGAUGGAGGCUGGAGCUCCUGGACCAACUUCGGGUCAUGUUCACGGUCAUGUGGGGGCGGGGUGCGAUCCCGUAGCCGAAACUGUGACAAUCCCCUCCCAGCCUACGGAGGCCGACUGUGCUCAGGGCCCAUGAUCCAGUACCAGGUCUGCAACACUGAGGAGUGUCCGGGGCCCUACGAGGACUUCCGGACCCAGCAGUGUGCCAAGCGCAACUCCUACUACAUCCAUCAGAAUACCAAGCACAGCUGGGUCCCCUAUGAGCCUGAUGACGACACCCAGAAGUGUGAGCUGAUUUGCCAGUCAGAGGACACAGGGGACGUGGUCUUCAUGAACCAGGUGGUCCAUGAUGGGACUCGAUGCAGCUACCGGGAUCCCUACAGCAUCUGUGCCCGUGGCGAGUGUGUGCCCGUCGGCUGUGACAAGGAGGUGGGGUCCAUGAAGGCAGAUGACAAAUGCGGGGUCUGUGGCGGUGACAACUCCCACUGCAGAACUGUGAAGGGGACGCUGGGCAAGGCCUCCAAACAAGCAGGAGCUCUCAAACUGGUACAGAUCCCAGCAGGUGCCAGGCACAUCCAGAUUGAGGAGCUGGAGAAGACCUCCCACCACAUUGUGGUGAAGAACCAGGUCACAGGCAGCUUCAUCCUCAACCCCAAGGGCAAGGAAGCUACAAGCCGGACCUUUACCGCAGUGGGCCUGGAGUGGGAGUAUGCGGUGGAGGAUGCCAAGGAAAGCCUCAGGACCAGCGGGCCCCUGCCUGAAGCCAUCGCCGUCCUGGUGCUCCCCCCAGCUGAGGGAGGUCCCCGCAGCAGCCUGGCCUACAAAUAUGUCAUCCAUGAGGACCUGCUCCCCCUUAUCGGGAGCAACAAUGUACUCCUGGAGGAGACGGACACCUAUGAGUGGGCACUCAAGAGCUGGGCCCCCUGCACCAAGGCCUGUGGAGGAGGUAUCCAGUUCACUAAAUAUGGCUGUCGGCGCCGACGAGACCACCACAUGGUACAGCGGCACCUGUGUGACCACAAGAAGAGGCCUAAGCCCAUCCGUCGGCGCUGCAACCGGCACCAGUGCCCCCAGCCAGAGUGGGUGAUGGAGGAGUGGGGCACCUGCAGCCGGAGCUGUGGGAAGCUGGGGGUGCAGACUCGGGGGGUACAGUGCCUGCUUCCCCUCUCCAAUGGGACCUACAAGGCCAUGCCAGCCAAGGCCUGCUCUGAGGACCGACCCGAGGCCCGGCGGCCCUGCCUCCGAGUGCCCUGCCCAGCCCAGUGGCGGACAGGAGCCUGGUCCCAGUGCUCUGCCACCUGCGGAGAGGGCAUCCAGCAGCGGCAGGUGGUGUGCCGGACCAAUGCCAACAGUCUUGGGCAGUGCGAGGGGGACAAGCCAGACACUGUCCAGAUCUGCAGCCUGCCUGCCUGCGGAGGAAAUCUCCAGAACUCUACAGGGAGGCCUGACAUCCGGGAACUCGCGACCCCAGAGAGGCAGUGGAUACCACAUUCUGGGCCCCUGCAUCCUAUUAACAGGAUAUCAUCAAUGGAGCCCUGUGUGGGAGACAGGUCCAUCUUCUGCCAGAUGGAAGUGCUUGACCGCUACUGCUCCAUUUCCGGCUACCACCGGCUGUGCUGUGAGUCCUGUACCAAGAAGACCUCAGGCCCUGAUGCCAGCGCAGACCCCCACCUGACCUCACCACCACCCUUCUCCACUCUUGGAAGCCCCUUACCAGGACCCAAGGCCCCUCGAGAUGCUGUGGAACCUACUGUGGAGCCAACAGGCUCAGCCAAUCAUCCACAUGGCCAAGCCACACAGCUCCCAAGACCUCUGGGCACAAGGCCGCCAGUGACCCAGCGCCACUUUGCUCCCCAGAAAAUGAGUCCUGAAGCAUUCCGGGGCACUUCUGCUAGCACUGCCCAGUGGCUGCCUUGGGGCUGGAUCACCGGCACACCUGUGCCGGCUUCAGAGAAUAAAAGGCAGCUCAGGGAAGACCUGAAGCACCCUGGCACCAGCCUUCCUGCCACCUCCCUGGUGACAUGAGCCCCAUCUUGCCCAUCUCUCUAGUCAAGUUUACACUCUGUGUGCCCCAAGGCCCCUUGUCAGAGGACACACUGCAGGGCAGAGGCAAACACAGACUUCCUUUUAAAUUAUUCACCUUGUUAUUCUAGUUUGGGGCUGUUGCAUUUCACUCAUGAAGUGGGUGUGUGAGGAUGAAAAAGAUCAGGGAAAGCCUUAACCCGAGAUACCUCAGCAAGCAGCCCAGACAACCAAGAUGAACCUCUCAGGGGCUCCUGUCUGUCUCCCCUGCCAGGACUGAGGGCCAGCUAACACUCCCUCCUCACUGGGUCCCACACUUGAUCCAUUUGGCUGCCUGCCUACGCCAGAACUUGCGGGACCUCUGUAGAGGCCCUGGCCCCUCUGCCCAUAGAGGCAAAGCAGGACCAAGAAAAGUAAGGGGGGGUGGGUACCCAUAGGGCAGGUAGUCCAAGAGGAAGAGAGCUGGGGGUGAAGUGUGUGUUGAGGCUUCAGCUGCAGGGCUGGGGUGGAUGGGAGGCAACUAUCUCAGGCCCAGCUCUUCGUAGGAAGAACUCAAUGCAGCUCCUCCAGCCAAGGCCAAGGAGCAGAUCCGGCUUGUCUUCAUAAGCUGAAGAGCAGUGUUGAUGGCCACCUUUGCCCCCAAAGACAGCAUUUCCUGUUACUUCUGGGGCCUCCAGGUUACAGGUGGGUGUCCCAGCCUCACCCCAGCCCACCCAAGAAGGGGGCUCUGGAUACUCUAGAAUGAGUGUCCUCCUCAUCCAGGGAUAUCCCAACUGGUGCUAGAGCUCUGGCUGGCCCAGAAAUGGCAACUUUGUCAUCACUCCAGGGCAUGACGGGAGAGAGUCUGGAAGGGGCCUUUGUGGAACACAGAGAUGUGAAUCUUCAGGUCAUGCCCUGUCAAUCAUUGUCCCCUGCCAACGACCACUGGUGCUGGAGUCAGGGGUCUUCUUCCCCGACGUGGCUCAAGCUGGGCCAUAGAUUUGUGGUGCUGAUUCGGUGUGGGCGGGGAGGUCAGGCCUCAGGGCUGAGGACCAGAGUCCACUCUUAGCUGGGCCCUGGAGAUGACAAGGAUGUGAGCCUCUGCCCCAUGCUGGAAUGGAUAGGAGACACUGACCUACAGCACUGUGGUGCCUCGCUAACCUCCUCGUUACUUUCAAGGGCCAGUAACUUCCCUAGAACCUCUGUCUCCCUGAAAGCCACCUGAGUCCCCAAGAUCCUGCCCAGGGGUCUUCACUCUGAGUCAUGCAGAGGGUCUCCCAGACACCUCAGCAGGGGAUAGAGGUGCUUGCCAGUUCUUCCUUCCCAGGGGCGAGGGGCUGUUCUGAGCCAGGCAAAGUGAGUGGAAAAAGAGAGCCCUGGAGGGGGCUCCCAGGUGCCCUCUCCCCCGCUGUCCGCCCCUCCCUGGAUGUUGGAGCACACACUGAAUCCUUCCUGAGACCCGGCCUGCCUGUGUUAGGGGUGUAAACUCUGUGCCUUUGAGAUUCAGAUCUUUAAAUUUUUAUGUAUUUAUUAACAUUGUCCUUGAUGUUUUGUUUUGGACCCCAAAAUGUUGUGUUGUGUUUUUCUUUUCUCUGUAUUUUAGAGGACAGGGACAAUGAAGGCACAGCUGUAAUGUGCCGGGCUGGGCUGUAGCAAGAUGAUUGGGGGUGGGGACUGGACAGAGAGAGGCUUAAGGCACAAGAAGACUGGACACUCAGCCUCCCUGCCUUGGCUUCACUAGCUCUGGGACUCCUCUGAGCAUUGACU